AAAAAUAAACCCAGUUUUUGCAUUAUUAAUUGCAUCAGAAUUCAAUUCUGUUUUGUUAUUAACUCAUGGUAAUUUGGGUAUGAAGUUAUUUCUUUUUCUUAAUUGUUGUUUUUAUUUUAUUUUUUACCAAAUUGCUACUGUGAAGCAAUGAGUUGAUCAGCAAAUUUUGGACUUUAAUGAUUAUUAGUAUUAUAUCUAGAAAGUCAAAUGGUUAUGGACCCUUUCCUUCCUUAGAAAGAUAUUCUUGAUAAAAAUGGAAACUUGAUUCCUUGUCAAGAGGGCAAUGAAGUUUGAGUGCUAGCUCAGACCAUGGUAGAUCAUGAAGCUGCUUGUGACCCUUCAAUGAUUUUGAAGGGAUCUGGGCAGAAUUUUGCAGCCCUGCUAUGAAUCUGGCUUGACUAAAUCACAAUGUCAGCUUAUGGCCAUCAAAUGGAACGGGAGUUCUCCUCUCAGAGUCUCUUGAGUAGGGAAGAUACUGAGAGUGGAAGCCAAUAUGUGUUGGAGUCGGGAUUCUACAUGAAAUCUUUUGCUGCAACAAUCUUCAUUGCUGGUCUUCUAAUUGUUGGUGUUCUUUCAGUAACUUUACUUGUAACAUUAGCAGUAAUGUUGCGAUCCUGUGAAAGUAGGAGCAAGGGAAUGGUGGAGAUUGAGAAAGCAAGUGAUAGCUACCAUUAUUGCAAGGCUUUUGCUUUACAUGGGGAACUCAACAGCUUGGAAGAACCCGAGAUUCCUCCAGUCUGCUGGAAUCUAGCCAUUCAUUAUAUCGAAGGGGGAGAAUACGAACGAGACUUAAAUUUCAUGAUUUCGAUGAUUGAGAGCUUCUUCGAUACUAUUUCACCAUCGGACAAUCAUUUGGAUGCUGUGUUAAUAGACAUAGAUGACAUCCUUGCUUCAAAUCAUACAUACACCUAUCAAUCAAUGCACCAGCAACAGUUCAACCAAUAUGGCUCUAACAAACCAAGUGGUUCCAUCGAAGAUGCAGCCAAUCUGAAGCACUGGCGAAUACUGGAAUUGUAUGUGAAGCUUAAGUCAAGAGGAUGGUCUUUGAUUCUAUUAUCAAGGAAGCCUGAGAGACAGCGAAAUGUUACUGCUGAACAGCUCAAGGCUGUGGGAUUUAAUGGUUGGUCUUCUUUGAUUAUGAGGUCAGAUAGCGAAAUGGAAACGGAAACAUGGGAAUACUUUCGUAGACGAAGAACAGCAAUGAAAGAAGGAGGCACUCAAAUAAUCAGUGUCAUUAGCAGCCAAUUGGAUGCUUUAACGGGCUCAUCUUUGGGAAAACGUGUUUUUAAGCUUCCAAAACCUCUGCGUUACAAUUCUCAAACCCCAACACUUUGACGUUAGAUCUGGCGUAUUUUUUAUUUUUUUUCUGCUUACAGUUUCUGGAAAUUUUCAAUUAAACAACAUGGACGAUUGGAGAUUUUCGGGAUACUUGUAUCUACUUCGCCGAAUCUUCUUUUUCAGACAUUGGAAAUUUUCCAACUUUUCAAAAUAACAGACAGAACCAUGCAUCAACUAAAACAAUAUCCAUUUUUAUGAAGCCCAACCAUGCAAAGCCUUCCUUUUUAAGCAGAGACACUCACCAAGUUUGUCUUGAAUAUAUAAAAAUUGAAGUAUUAUAUUACAAAUUUUAUAGAGACCACUUCACCAAGUAGUGUUAGAUGUGAGCAUAUUUUUUUUUUCUAUGUUUAUCAUGUAUUUGAAAGAUGAUAUCCUUUAUAUCUAUAUUUGAGAAUGUGUUUAAAAUA